AUGGAGAAUGGCAUGAGAUGGAGGAGAGCUGAAGAGGGCUGCAGCAGGGAAACCCCCGCAGGAGGCAGCGGGUGCCUCCGGCUGCCCCUGGCAACUGCGCUGUGCUGCCUGCUGCCGCCAUCUCGGCUGCCCGGCGUCCCGCUCCUCCGCACCCCCGCCCCAAAAAUGUCCCCAGGUCUGGAGGAGAGCUUGCGUAGGGUUUUCCAAGAGAAGCUGCAGCUCCGGACGGUGCCGGCGUGGGACUCGGCGUCGCUGCUGCCUUCCUCCACGCGCCUGCUGCUGAAGAGGAGGGAGGUGGCGGAGGUGGAGCGGGCUCUGCAGGCCCAGCGGGAGGAAUUUUGGCAGAGGAUGGAGGGCUUGGAUCAACGCCGGCAGCAGCUGGGCCAGCGGGAAGAGCAGCUCCGUGACGUCGCCCUCAGAUUCGACGCCUUCCUCAAGGUUUCCGCAGCGAGGCGGGAGCGGGCGCUGGGCCGGGCAGGCGAGGAGCGGGCACAGGCGGCACGGCGGGGAGCCGAGGCCGACGGCCUGCAGCAGGAGCUGGCGGGGCUGCUGCGGCGCAGGGAGCGGCUGCGACGGCGUCUGCGGGGCCUCCACAUCUUCGGGGACUACCUGCAGGGCGUGGUGGCCACCACAGGGCAGUUCCAGGACGUCCCGUCCAUGCUGGCACAUUUCGGGGCGCUGGCGGGGGUGCGGGCAGCCCUGCUGCACCAGCUGGAGGCUGGGAAGCAGAGGCUGGCCCAGGGCCGGGCUCGGCUCCAGCGGUACCACGAGGAGGCCGGCAGCGAGCUCCUGCGCGGGAGGGACGAGGUGCUCCAGCUCCGCGCACGCCUGGAGGCUGCCCGCCAUGACGUGCUCCGGGGGGAGUCCUGCUGGACCCAGAUCCAGAGCGCGGCCACCCACAAGACCCUGCUGCUGGCGCAAAUCAGGAUGGCAGUGCUGAGCCUCUUCCAGCUCGCCACCAAGCACCUGAAAGUCCCCAGGGAUGUGGCCCUGGACGACACAGAGACCCAGCUGGAUGUGGUGAGUGCAGCCCCCCCCUACCCUGUGCAGCGGGGCUGGGAGGGACACGGGGACGUCCCCAUCUCCCCAGGUGCUGCUCUGCAUGCAGGACCUGGCUGCCAUCUGUGCUGAGCUGCGCCCCAAGGAGCCAGGGCUGGGCCCCCCACGUGUGCCUGCCACCAUCACCACUCGCCCACAGCACCACAGGGGUGUCACGGUGCCUCUGAGCCACCAGUAGUCCCAGCUUGGGGACAAAUUCCCCUGGGCAAAUCCAGGCGGGGGGAAGCCCCUUAG